AAAGGGAAUGGCAGUUUGGGCAUGGCCUGAUGUCCUGUGGCUCUCGGCGCUGGUGACGGCGGCCUUGCAGCUCCUCACGUUUCUAGUUGCUUACCUUUUUCAGUUCGACAAGCUGACCGACAUAUCAGGGGCUUCGAAUUUCGUGUUGUUGGGGUGGCUAUCGUACGGUCUGGGAGGACAUAGUUAUUCCCGUCAAACCACAAACACGGUCCUAUUAACAGUAUGGGGUGCGAGAUUGGGCUCGUACCUAUUGCUUCGAGUCGUGCGACGCGGGCACGACGCCCGCUUCGACGAGAUGCGAGCAAGCUUUGUCCGCUUUGGCUCAUUCUUCGUAUUCCAAGCCUUUUGGGUGUUUCUAGUCACGAUGCCCAUCCUUUUGAGCAAUUCUGCGCCUCAGGACGUGGACUUGGGUGGUCGUGAUUACGCCGGAUGGACCCUCUUUACCCUGGGGUUUCUGGUUGAAGUUUGGGCCGACCAGAGCAAGGACGCCUUUCACGAACAGAGGCGGACCGCUCCUCUCGCCUCCGCGCGCGGCAUCAUCACCACGGGGCCCUGGGCCUGGUCCCGGCACCCGAACUACUGGGGCGAGAUCACCCUCUGGCUCGGCCUCUUCCUUACCUCCUCCCGUGCCUUCGACGCCCCUAACAACCUGCCGGGCGCCUAUGCCGCAGCGGUGAUCAGUCCCAUCUUCACCUUUCUCAUUCUCGUAUUCCUCUCGGGCUGCCCACUGGCUGAAGAGCGAUACAACGAGCGGCACGGAUCGGAGCCGUGGUACCUGGCCUAUCGGACCCAGACCUCUCCGCUUCUUCCCCUCCCUCCUCUCAUCUACCGCCCCCUCCCCCUGUGGCUCAAGCGCUAUGCCCUCCUUGAACUAGCCAUGUUUGAAAAGGGA